AUGAAACCAGUUGCAGCAUUGUUCGUCGUCUCACUUGCAUCCGCAGCAUAUGGGUGGAAAGUCGGAGACAGUUCUACCGGUAGCACCGAUCCCGAUGUCACUACGAAGUGUACUCAGUGGGCGAAUGAUAUUUCCUCCAAAGAUAGCUGCAAGGCUCUGCAAAAGGAAUUUGAUAUCGACUUCCAGCAACUCCACGAAUGGAAUCCCUCACUCUUGAAGGACCCAUGCGUUCCCAUCGAGGGAUGGAGUUACUGUGUGGGUAGCUCGAGCAAAUCAAAUGAUCAGGCCUCGGGGAUGGGUACUGCGGCACCCUCACUCCAUCUUUCUACUUCUACGGGGUCCACUGCGACUUCGACGGAGGCGACUUCUUUGCCGAGCCAGUCAACCGAGUCUGCUGGCACUGCCACUGGUAACAGUGCGACAGCAUCGAGUGCCAGUAGUUCGCCCUCGGCCACAGGGACUAGCGAUGGAACACGCCUAAUGGCGAUCGAGGGUACUGGAAUUGUGAUGGCAGGGUGUUCACUUUUUAUUUCCUUGUUUCUGUAG